UAGUAUACAUCGCGUAGAGCUGACCCUUUCCUCCUAUCAUGUGUGCGGGGCGCCUUUGUUACUCGUGGUCCUGCAGAGCGCUCUGGCCGGUUUUCAUCAUCCUGGCGGCAGCGCCUUGUCUGCUGCGCUGCGCUGAGAGACCUGCUGCGUCAGUUGUUGGGAAAAUGUAUCCAAGGGGCAAUCACUGGGCUGUAGGUCAUUUAAUGGGAAAGAAGAGCAUUACCAGUCUGCCUGCACGGCAGCAGGAACAUCUCGACUACCUCACGCUUUCGCAGUCGGACGAGAUCUUUGAUCAGGACCAAACUGUGAAGGAAAUGUCAGCAGAGAGCCAAGAGCAAACAGUGCUGCGGAAGCUGCUCCACAGCAACAGGAGAGACAACAGAGGAAAGCAUCUCCGAGAGGUGUUAGACCUCCUGAUUCUGACUUUGAAGCAGCGAGACAGCGAAUCCUCCUGAAGGCAAGACAAGCCCAGUGGCAAACCCAGCUGCUGAGGUCUACUCAACCUGCUCUGUAAUCACAUAUUUACAAUGUAUAAGCUCUGUGCUGUAGGCACACAAAAACGAUGGUGUUUUUGGUGAAUUAGCAUUUUUA